AAGAUAUGUCGUCCAGGAGUUGCUGAGGCAUCGUUGAACUGCAUUUUUGAGUGGAAUCUGGGCGAGUUUGAGCACCCAGAGGAGACCUAUCGUGGUGCUCAGUUUUUCAGAGGUUCACUGCACUCCCUCACUGGCGCAGGCCGAAUGAACGGGUAUGAGUCUUACUGGGAACAUCAUUACCCUGCACACGGUGAAAUGUUUUUAAUAUCUCACUUGGAUUUGAGGAAAAAUACGACGGCAACGUGGUAUGACGGGUCAGACUAUGCUGAGGCUAACCCUGAAACACCUCAUGCUGCAUUCGGCAUUGUCUGUGAGGUGCAGGACGGAUUUAUUAAGACAACGACGAAAGUGGUGGUGUCGUGGUCACUGGAACAGUUGUACAUCAUUCUUGCCGUAUUGCUGCCGCUUUUCGCUCUGCUUGCACUACUUAUUAUCAUCAUCUUCUGUUGUUGCCGCCGUCGUACCAAUGAUCAAUCUAGGUGGGUGACGCCCAUGGUAUUGCGAGAGAUGAACGGUAAUCCGUUGAAUGGAACACAACAGAAGCAGCAGCCCGGUUCGGGUUCCGCUGGGGACCCCAUUGUUCCCAUGAGUCCUCCCCGUAAGCAGCAGCAUGUGCCGCAGCAAAAUUCCCGGGUGUUACCUCCAAAACGUGCAGUACCUGCUGAGCCCAUGCCACGCCUACCACGCUGCCUCAAAUGUUUCCCAAUUGUUCAGCCUGACCAAAAACCAUAG